AUGACCAAGCCGAGGGUGAAAAAGUUCGAAGACCCCAACCUGUGGAUAUACGAGCACGUGCUAAAAAAUGGGGUGAAGAAGCAGAGCGGCAGAAUCAUGAAGGAGGACCUAAACAAAAAGGCAGCGGAAAAAUUGAGAGAAAUUAUCGAGGCCUCCAAACAAUUCGACAGAGAACUGAAGGAAAUAAAUUACAAAACAGAGGCUUGUCUGGGCCUUCCACAUAGAACCCCCAAAAUAGACGUGAAUACGUUACCCUUCAGUCCACUGAAGCCGAGGAGUAACUUGGUUCUUUGGAAAGAAAUUCUGCCCAGGGGAGACGCAUCAGCGCGGAGCCGUUUGGGUCUCCCCUUUGGUGGCAAAAUGGGUGUCAAUUUGGGUGCCAAUUUUGGUGACACUUUUAGUGGCAUUCUUGGUGCCAAUCUUGAUGUCCGUUUUGGUGGCGCUGGUGGGACGUCCCCCUGCCCACAGAAGGACCCCAUGAAAGAAAACGCGUCUCCAAAAAGUGAAGAAAGAAGAGAAGCCCCAAAGAGCACCAUUUUUAGUAAAUUGAGAAAAACAAAAAAAGACGAAAUUUGCAAAGCUACUUCCUUUUUCAAUGACCAUAUGAGUUAUUACGACACCCAUUUGAAGGAAAAGUACAUGAAUCUGUUUUUGAAUUCGCUCGAGGAAAGUAAUAAGAGCGUCAAACGGGAAAAUAUGGACACCCCUAUUGUGUGCCAAACUGGGGAUAAUGCCAGUGUAGGGGUUAUCACCCCAAGUGUGACAAACGAGCUCAAUUGUAGCGAGAAGCGGGUGGAGAGACAUCCAAUUGACUUUACCCAAGCGGAAGGAGCAAAACUGGGGACAGACUCAGAAGAAUAUCUUUGCAGCAAUGUCACCCCGUUGGAGAAGGUCAAGUGCAGGGAUUCCUUUUUGGAGGCACACCCUAAUGGAGAAGUUAAAACGGGUUAUCCUUCUUUUAAAGGACCACCCAAAGGUGGCACGAGGGAAGCACCCUUAGGCAAAGAGGCCGCUUAUGAUGGCGAUAUGUGCGCCGACCCCGAUCUGCGGUGGGACCUCCAACAGGGGGACACGGACAAGUACGGCAGUGGUAACAUAUUGGCCGAAGCAGCCGAAGAGACCACCUACUUAGCGGGCCAUUUUGAAAGUGGGGCGAAAAAGGCAGAUGUCAAUUUGUCUAUCCCGUUAAGGGAUACUCCAAAGGGGAAGACGACCCUUUCGGCUGAUAAAUCGCAGUGCCGGGGGGAAACCCCAAGAGAAGAAACAGAUAGAAAUAACAGGAGGAAUAAAACGAAGGAGGGAAAUUCCUCUACUCGCACACUGAAGAAGCUAAACAGUUUGGACAUUUUUGAAAAAAUGAACAGCACGUCGUUGUAUGGAGGGGUAGGCAGCCAGGGGGAAGAAGAUUCUAUCUCGUCGAUUCUACAGAAAUUGAGGGAGAGGAAGAAGAACUUGCCCAUGAUGGGGAGCAAUUUCUUUUCUGCGUCGGAAGGAGUCGCGACGGUUGAGAGGGGGAUUCAUGUGGAUGACCAACAUGGAGUUAUCCCUCCCUCUCUGCGUACCAUCUUAGAAGGUGGAGAUGCCUCUGCACUGGAUAAAGGGCGCAGCCAAGUUAAGUGGACAGACUCCACGGAGAAGAACAAAGGGCAAUACCAACCAAAAGGAAAAGAAUCCAUACUGCAAUACGAACACCUAGACAGCAACAACAUCACUGUGCAUGCACUGAGCCAGCAUGUGGGCAUAGAGGAGGAGAAAAUUAUAAACGUGAGUAAAUUCAUUCUGGACAAUGAACACAUCACUAAGUACACGAAGCUGGAGAAGGAAGUAGCGGAGCUGAUUUGUGAAGAGUUAGCUGUGCUGGAUAAACUAAAGUAUAGUCAUGUGAAUUUGAAGAAGCGAAACCCUGUUGUAACUAUCCUCGGACAUGUAGAUCAUGGGAAGACAACUCUCCUGGAUAGGUUUCGAAACUCUAAUAUGGCUCAAAACGAAAUCGGUGGAAUCACACAAAAGUUAGGAGCAUUCGAAGUGGUGGAUAAAGAAACGAACAGGAAAAUAACUUUUCUAGAUACUCCAGGACAUUCCGUUUUUAAGAAAAUUCGACAAAGAUGUGCUCAGUGCACCGACUUGAUUAUAUUAGUCAUUUCUCUGGAUGAUGGGAUUAUGAGUGAAACGGUGGAAUGUAUCCAGCUAGCCAAAAGGUUUAACAUCCCACUUAUUAUCGCGGCAAAUAAGAUUGAUAAAUUUGGGUCGGACUUGGAAAAAAUCUCCAAAUCGUUAGUAGCAUAUGAUGUUAUUACAGAGAUGGAAGAAAAUGGACACGUCCCCAUCGUCCCCAUUUCUGCAAAGGAGAAUAUAAACAUCGAUAAGCUUCGGAAGUGUAUUCUACAGCUGAGCGAUUCUUUAAAUCUGAUGUGCGAUUAUGGAAGCCUAUGCUCUGCAUACGUGUUGGAGAAAAAGAUCCAUCCGUCUAGGGGGAAACUUCUCACCUUGGUGUGCAAAUCGGGGACGUUAAAGAUAAACUCAUACCUUCUAAUCGGGCACAUGUACACAAAGGUGAAGCAGAUCUACAAUUGUAAUAAUCAGUUGGUGAGGAAGGCGUACCCGUCGGAGGUGAUACAAAUCGUGAGCCCCAUUUCGCUAGCACAGGAUAGCGCCAUCAACUACGGAGACCUCGUUUUCGAAAUGAGCAACUUGAGGAGCGCCCAGAGAGUCGCCAAAUACAAGUCGAAGGUGGCGCAGUACAGCCUGAUGAGCAGUUACUACGGGGAGGUUGACCAGAUUAGCGGCAGGAUUGGCCGUGACGAGGUUGGCCGUGUUGGCGCUGCCGGCGGGGUGAAGAGUCUGCCGAAGCUCCCCCAAAUCCAGCUGAUCAUCAAAGCGGGGGAUGAGGGUAGCAUAGAAGCUAUCCUCGAAGGAAUUGCCCAAUACAGUAGGAAAGGAAAGAAAGAAAAAUAUUGCGACAUUAACAACUUUGUCGACAGAAAUUACGUGAAAAUGAAUAACAUAACAGAUGACAUGGUAGAGGAUGGAAAGAUUUUCGACACUUGGGAACCGUUCCGAGUUGUGUCGAAAGGAGUGGGCUCUUUUAACAUGAACGAUUUGAAACACUGCAAUGAUGUGAAGCCCAUAUUUUUAAUUGCCUUCAAUGUGGACAUCGAGAAGAAGGUACAGCUUAGCAUUGAAGAGAACGGAGCCAUUUUAAGGACCCACAAUAUUAUUUACAAAUUAUUUGAGGAUCUAGAAAAGAUCUGCAACUUUUACUUCGAUUCGCUACAUCUGUAUGAACCCGUUUCAAGGAUGGUUGUUAGUAAGACUGGGUUCUAUACGCUGAAGAAAAAUAAGUCGAAGAAGAAAAGAGUCUUGUCCGUUUCGAUUAAGGAGGGUUCCUGCAAUGUGAAUCACUACUUCACCGUUCUGAGGAACAAACAGGUUAUCCACAAAAGGCUGUCCGUUUUGUCCAUGCAGAAGAAUAAGGAUAAUACGACCGAGCUUGGCAAGGACUGUGCCAUCAACUCCAUCAUUUUUAACACCCUGUCGGAGGAUUUCGAGGUGGGCGAUGAAAUCGUGGCCUACAGGAAGGUGCCCCGUGCGCCACUCUUCAGUCGGGUGAAAAACUUCGACUUGGCUGUGUAA